CGGGGCGGGGCAGGGGCGGCGGCGGUGCCGCCGUCGCGCGCAGGCGCGCGCGGGCGCUCGGUUAGGUGCGCGCGGUGCCGCGGGUGCCCUCGCGCCCCUCCGGUGCGGCGGCGCGCGCCAUGAACUGGCUGUUCCCGCUCGGCAAGGGCGGCGCCGCCCCCGCCUCCGCCGCGCCGCCCGCGCGCACCGGCCUCCAGCAGCAGCGGCAGCGCCAGGUCGAGUCCCUGCGUGCCGCGCACGCCUCCAUUGCAGAAAUACAGAAAGAUGUGGAAUAUCGACUGCCAUUCACUGUAAACAACUUGACAAUUAAUAUUAACAUUUUGCUUCCACCUCAAUUUCCUCAGGAAAAACCAGUCAUCAGUGUUUUCCCACCUGUGAGACAUCAUUUAAUGGACAAGCAGGGAGUAUACGUGACUGGUCCAUUAAUAAAUAAUUUUACAAUGCAUUCAGAUCUUGGAAAAAUUGUUCAGAGUUUACUGGAUGAGUUUUGGAAGAAUCCUCCGGUUCUAGCUCCUAGCUCAACAUCAUUUCCAUACCUUUUCAACAAACCAGCUGGAAUGCCUCCUUUUGCUCCUCAGGGGUUUCCUUUUCUCCCUCCAUAUCCACCUCAAGAAACAAACAGAACAAUGGCAACCAUGCCCGUUUCUGACUCAGUUUCUUCAAGCUACACUACAGACAAGCCUGCUGCUCCCUCCUAUGGCUUGAUUGCUGAUCUGCCACUGCCUGUCCCGACAGCAGAAGCAGUGCUUCAGGUUGGCCAGAAUGGAUUUACAUACAAGAUGCCUGAUGUUCCUGAUACUUUUCCAGAACUCUCAGAACUAAGUAUAUCACAGCUGACCAGUAUGAAUGAGCAAGAGGAGGUGUUACUGGAACAGUUUGUGACUCUUCCACAACUGAAGCAAGUCAUUACUGAUAGAGAUGAGUUAGUGAAAAGCAUUGAAGAGCUGGCAAAAAAAAACUUGUUGCUGGAGCCUAGUCUUGAGGCAAAAAGACAGACGGUGUUGGAUAAAUAUGAACAACUCACGCAAAUGAAAGCAGCCUUUGAAAAAAAGAUGCAAAGACAGCAUGAACUUAGUGAGAGUUGCAGUCCAAGUGCUCUGCAGGCCAGACUUAAAGUAGCUGCUCAUGAAGCUGAAGAGGAGUCUGACACUAUUGCAGAAGACUUCUUGGAAGGCAAAACAGAGAUAGAUGACUUUCUUAGUAGUUUCAUGGAAAAGAGAACGCUCUGCCACUGCAGACGAGCCAAAGAGGAAAAACUUCAACAGGCAAUAGCAAUGCACAGCCAAUUUCAUGCUCCGCUAUAGACUUCCUGCAAACUACACCUGCCAAGAGAACGAAUGAAAAACCCAAUAAAGCACACUUUUUAAUAACUAUUAUUUGCAAAUAAGCAUUUCAUCUUAUCUGGUUGUAUUUAUAGAAGAGAUUGUAUACAGAGUUGGGAUGGUUUUUGUACAAAUUAGAAUGUCUCUUUAUAUUCUCAUUGUACUCAAGAAUCCUUCUAUUGCAAUCUUUGCAUUAAUUUCUUGUAUUUAUUGUUGAUAGUUAUAAUAUUUAAGUUCCCUGCUGCUAUACUCCAUUAUUCAGAGAUUAAAUACCUAAACAUGUAAUUUUGACUAGCUUUUUACAUUUUUAUAAAAACAUAAUUCAUAUCUUUUGUAUUUUGAACUUUAACCAUAGAUUAGGCUUAAUCUGUGGAAGACUUUAAGUGUUGAUCAGACUUCAGAAACUAAAAAAGUACUUGAUGGAGAUUGCCAGUGGAUUCACAAGCUGUCUUUUCUUGAAGCCAAACUAUUAAAGAACAAGUUUUUUUACUUCUAAGUAAUAAUAGAAAACUAAGUAUAGGUUGUACUGUGUUUUGGAUAAGUAGACUGGGGAUUAAGCAAAGGAUAUGUUGGAACAAAUUAUAUUGGAAUCAAAAUAGAAUAAAUGGUAUCUGCAUAGAUUUGG